GACCUGAAGCCCAUCUGAUGACCCCCGCCCGUGUCAGGAAUGGACUUGCCAGUGGUGGUGGGACUCACCUGCCUUGUGGGCUGCAGUACCAGGGCUGGCCAGCGGGUGCUCUCAGCAACCAGAGGCUCACUCCUGCAAUGAGCCAUCACCUGAAGCUGAUUACAACAAGUGUAUUUAAGGAAUGGCCAGGCCUGUGAUCAGGGCCUUGGUGUAUGUUUCCCAUGGGCCCCUGUACCUGCAUCCUGUCUGCUUUCUGCCUGAUCCAGAUUCUGCUUCAAUCCCUGACUCUGCAUGAACUCCGCCUGUCCUGACCUCGGCUAUUCCUGACUACUCUUCCGCCUGCUCCUUGUGUCCUGCCUGCCCGUUUGCUACCGACCCG